AACAUUCAAGUAAUGUGACUCAUCAACUUCAGCAAACACAUGUAUUAAUUCCCAUAAAUUUGUGUGCAAAAUAUAAAAUAAUUAUUAAACGAUACUAAAAAAAUGUUAUUUCAAACUUAAAUUCUCUUCUUCUCCAAAUAUCCUUUAAUUCAUGACAGUUUCCUUAAUGUUUUUAAAAUUAAAAAUUUUCGAUUAUCUCCGUUUUAAUAAUUCUUCAUUUAAAAAAAAAAAAUUCUUUUGACUUUUUUAUUAUUUCCUUUUUAUUACUAAAUGUUUAAAAUGUUUUUAAAAAUAAUAUGUUUAAAUUUUUUUCGCACAUGUCAAUUCCCACUUUUGUUAUCUGCAGUAAGCAACAAUUGAUAACGUAAAUGUAGACAAAAAAAAAGAAGGGAAUUUACCUUUUUUUUCUAUGAAACCAGUUUAGUCAGUUGUGUGACAAACAUUAAAUUGUAUUUGCAAAUAUGUUGUUGGAAAUAAAAAAUCAAAAUGAUUUUGAGGGAUCGAAACUUUUUAUUGGACUAUCAAAUUAUACUGGAAUUAAUCUAGAUAAGAUAAAUUUUAUGAUUAGUUAUUCAUUAGCAUUCGUACUAGCUGGCUUCUUGAGAUCAUCAUUAAGCAUUGAAAAAACUUCAACAGCAGUACGUCAUAUUUUUAAUAUUGUUGUUGGAGUAAUUGUCGGUUACUUUUGUUUUGGCAGACAUGCUUUACAUCUCGCAGGAUUUUCAACAUUAAUGUAUGCUGUAAUAUUGACUCAAAAUCCAAAAUUCGUACACAUACAGGUUUUUAUUGCAUCUAUGGUUUAUCUUUCUUGUAUUCAUCUUUACAUUCAAUUUGGUGUUAAGUAUGGUUCAAAUACACUUGACAUUUCUGGUCCCCUAAUGAUAAUGACCGCAAAAGUGUCAACUUUAGCUUGUAGUUUACAUGAUGGAUUAUCACGCCGACAUGAAGACUUAACGCCUAUGCAAAAAAAGCGACUCGUAAAAGAAAAACCAAGACUGCUGGAUUAUUAUAGUUUUAUGCUCUCUUUUUUAACUCUUCUAGCAGGCCCUGUGACAUUUUAUGAUGAAUAUCAAGAUUUUAUUUCUAAUCGUCAAAUGCAAGAGGCACAGAAAAAAAUAAGUGCUAAAAAAUUAAAUUCUACAAUAACUUUUGUAGCAUUAAAAAAGGCAAUUUACGGUUAUCUUCCCGUUAUUGCAGUCUAUCCAAUUCUUAAUGUUUACAAAAUAGAAAAUUUAUUAGAUACCAAGUUUAUGGAAACAUCAUCGUAUACAUAUCAGCUUUGGUAUAUGAAUAUGCUGGUGAGCGUUAAACGUUUUCAAUAUUAUUACGCGUGGAUUAUUGCCGAAGCAAUAUGUAAUAACGCAGGUUUUGGUUUAAAUGGUCUCGAUGAAAACAAUAAACCCCGAAUGGAUCUCUUGACGAACAUUAAUAUCUGGAAACUUGAAACGGCAAUUAAUAUGUAUGAAUAUUCGAAAUACUGGAAUUCAGCAACAAUAAGAUGGCUACGUUUUGUCAUUUACGAUAGGAUGCCAAAUUAUAAAAGGGAAUGGACCUAUCUUACAUCAACAGUUUGGCAUGGUUUUCAAAUUGGUUAUUACAUUUCAGCAUUUCAUGCGGCUUUAUACGUUUAUGCCGAACGUUCUGUUCAUAAACAUGUACGACCAUUUAUAGUAAGUUCAGGUGUUUUUAAAUUUUUUUAUGAUAUCCUAACGACAUUUACGACGAGAUUUGCAAUUGCAUUUACUGGAACCUUCUAUGUUCUUUCGGAGGCGAAUACUGUAGGGAUAUAUUUUCUCAGAGAAUUGUAUUUAAUGCAACUGAUUUUGACAAUUUCGUGUAUAAUUUUGCCACCAAUUUUACUUCCGAUCAGAAAGGAACCUCGAUUAAAUAAUGUCAAGGAGAGCGAGAAUGAAAACGAUAAAAAUAAAGUUGAAUGAUAAUUAUGAAAUAUUGUACUCAGCGUUGGGAAAAUAUUGUUACCCUCAAUGAUAAUUUAAAUAUAUUGCAAUUACUACUUACUACUUUUAAAUUACUAAGUUAUUUUUAAAUAGAAUAUUGUUAAUUACCGCAAAUUUAUAAUUAUUAUUUAACAAUAAUAAGUUAACUAUUUAUAUAAAUAAAAAAUCCUUUUUAGAAGAGAAUUACUUGUCAUAACGAAAACAGUAAAAAUAAAAAAAACAUUUAUAAAUUUAAUUAAAUUAUUAAAAGGAAAAUUAAAUUCUGAUUGCAAAUAAAAAACAAU